AUGAAUUACAACAAGUCUGGGAAUUUCGACAGUCCACCUCGCAAUGGCAACCCGGGUUCCGUGGACGAGCUGGUAAUCACCUCGACUUUCGGGGCACUGCUGUCGGUAGUUUAUAUAGUUGGAGUGUCGGGAAAUGUGUAUACACUUGUGGUGAUGUGUCAUUCUAUCCGCUUCGCGACAUCCAUGUACAUCUCAAUAAUUAACCUAGCACUUGCGGACCUUCUUUAUCUCUCCACUAUCCCUUUCGUUGUGUGUACAUACUUUCUUAAGGACUGGUAUUUCGGAGAUGUGGGCUGUCGUAUAUUACUUAGUCUGGACCUUUUAACAAUGCACGCCAGCAUCUUCACGUUAACUGUGAUGUGCACCGAGCGCUACUUGGCAGUUACUAAACCGCUGGAUACUGUGAAACGUUCCAAAAACUACCGGAAAGCUAUGGCUUGGGGCGUUUGGAUACUGUCCCUCAUCCUCACGCUACCUAUGAUAAUAAUGGUUAAUCAAACCACCAAGACAGCUGCAGACGGAGGUGUCAAAAGGAUGUGCGCGCCCACCUGGGCACCCAGGGCGUAUAAAAUUUAUCUCACUGUCCUUUUCUGCACAAGCAUUAUGGCUCCCGGACUUAUAAUUGGGUACUUGUAUACCAGAUUGGCAAGGACAUACUUAGAAUCACAAAGGACGCCAGUCAUAAACAAGGGGACUAAGCGCUCGCCAAAGCAAAAAGUUCUUAUAAUGAUUUUCACUAUUGUAUUGGUGUUCUGGGCUUGCUUUCUGCCGUUUUGGAUCUGGCAACUCCUGCCCCUAUACCACAAACCUCUGAGUCUUGCGUCUCACACGCAUACCUGUAUAAACUACCUUGUGGCCUCGCUGACGUACAGCAACAGCUGCAUCAAUCCUUUUCUUUACACACUUCUGACCAAGAACUACCGCGAAUAUCUCAAAAACCGACACAGGAGUUUUUAUCGGUACACGUCUUCAUUUAAAAAGCGCCCUCCAAGUUUAUACUCCUGGGGGAAGUCUGCUUCGUCCAGUAACCAGUUCGAAUUCAACUCCGAGACGCUAGUAAUGGCCCAGUUAAAGGGGCAGUGA